AGGUAUUAUAUUCAUUAAUUGAAUUGCAACAAGUCUUUACAUUGAUUCGACAGGCCACAACAUGUUUUAUUUUGCAUACUUUCACUUUCAAAGUAUGACGUCACAAAUCGUCCUAUUGCUCCUGUGCGCCAAUCAAAACAAGCAGACGACACUAAUUUUCCAAUCAGCUGUUUGUGUGUGUUGUCAGUAGAUUAACAAAAAAUAAUCGUUUACACUACCGUCCCAUUCUCAUGUUUCCAUUUAAGACCACCAGAAAGGCAUCUAAGAGGGAAUACAGUGCAAAAACUCAAUCAUUUUCUAAGACAGGGCGUCAAGAUACCAAUGACACUGACAGCUGCAAAGUUCAGGUAGUUAGGAGCCGCGACAUGCAACAGGACUUUCUUACCUUUGUGGAUCAUUUUUGCCAUAAAGAUGACUUUGAUGAAUCGAAUGAACUGUACAAGGUGAAGAGACCACGACUAGCAAUUCACGAGGAAAGGUUUCCAAUCAGCAAGUUUACUGGGACGGGAUUUUAUACUGAACAUCGCGUUUCCACUCGACACCAUUUUGCUGUAAAAAGAACAGAAAUGCGUGCUUAUUUUCGACUCUUAGAAGAUGAUUUUAUUCAAGACUUCCUGCAAAGAGACAUUUGUAAGAGGAUAUCUGAUAAGUAUUUAUUGGCGAUGGUGUUUGCUUAUUUCAAAAGGGCGCAUAUGAAAAUCAAGGAUUACACAAAAAUGAAUUUCUUCCUUGCACUUUACCUGGCGAACGACAUGGAGGAAGAUGAAGAGGAUGAUAAGUACGAAAUAUUCCCCUGGGCUCUGGGUCAGAAAUGGAAAGACAAAUUCCCGCGAUUUCUGAGGAAGAAGGACUUGUUCUGGGCCAAGAUAUCCCAUCGAGCUGUCGUCAGUCGACGCUGCUGCGAAGAGAUAAUGGACAUAUACCCUGAACACAUAUGCUGGAAGAGAAACCGCCCCAUGCACCACAGCGGUGCCAUCAGAAAUUACAUGCGAGAUUCCGAGGAGGAUGACGGAUAUCCCCGCGGCCCAAACGCCAGCCCCCGCCAGUGUUCUAUGUGUAACCCACACGACAGUCAAUACGACUCGGCUAGCCCUGACAGAGAGGAAUGGGUUCUGUCCAAUGACAUCUUUGACAACUCUCAAGAAGACUCGAGAUUUGAUAUGAAACCAUUGAAGAAAAAUCUACCGAACAGCAGUACAGAUUGGCCUGUAACAGAAGAGUGAUGUGAAGCCUUGCUAUUGUCCUCACGGUCGUGAAAGCUGUUCAUGGCAUUCAACCUCUCCUCAUACUCCUCACUUUCUGUUUCGCAACUUUUGUAUAUGGAUUUGCUCAAAGAAUUAUGUACUUCAACUGAAGCUGUUUCUGUGAUACACGUACAUGCAUAUAUGUCAAAUUACGAUGAAAUGAAAUAAUUUAGUAAUAUGAGAAACACUAGAGUUUAUUAAUUUUUUUUUAAAUUCAACCUCGUUGCCAAUAUCCAUUGAAGUUUAACAUAACACGAAACAUGUAUACGGAUUAUACAUGUAAUCAGAUUGUUUUAUUUCCUCAGGAUCUAAUGAGUAAAUUCGGUGAUUGGAUAUAAUUCGAAUUUUGAAAACAAAUGCAUUGUACGGUGAAUUUGUUAAUUUGCAUCACAUUAGAUAGAUCUGGCUUGAGUCAUGCUUAUACUAUGUACAGUACUAGACAGUACUUUCAAACGGGCAAAAUAUCAAAAGCUUAACUCGUCAACAAUAUAUUUCAUACAAAACCAGUUUUCAAGUUUUGACGUAAUUUCUCCAAAUUACAGAUGUAGCAAUGGCAACGGCUCUACCAUCGAGUGGCACUAGUUUAUUUGAUUAAACUUUUCACAUGAUAGAAAUAUAUCUUUUAAGUGAAUUUUAUUCACAAGGUAAAUGUUGAUAUUUUCUAUCAAUGAUCCCCCCUCCUUUUUUUGAAUUGUCAAGGGCAUUAAUUCCUAUGCUGUUAUUUACUCUUGCAGGCCUAUUUAUAUAAUGAUUUUCCUGAUAUCAACAAUAAAUUUAUGUAUAUUU